GUGCCACUCCGCUCCAUUCUUUCACCAGAGGAGCGGCCGAGAGCGCCUGUGGCUCAUUUUUGUCCCUAGACGCUCUCCGUACUACCGAUGCUCCCGGCUUCACUCCUCUCGGAGCCUUUUUUCAAGAUGGCGGCCGCAAGGCUGGCUUUGCGCGGUCGGGUUUCUGCAGCCGGGUAGCCGGUGACACCCGUUGGCUUCCGCUUCUGGACCUUCUCCGCGUCCCCACUGUCUCGUCUCCGGCUAGGGCUGCAAAAAGGGUCCCACCGACGCUAUGCCUGUCUGGGUGCAUGCAUGAGAGACGCCACGGUCGCCUCCUCCGCUGCUGCCAGAGCUAUGGAGGAGCCGGAGCGCAGCUCUUCGGCCAGCAGGCAAGAGUGCAAGUCAGAAGAUGUCACUUGCAGAAUCUCCGAAUCUGAUUCUGAAGAGUUAUCUGAUGAAGCAAAUGCUGAAACUUUCUAUGGAACUUCUCCUCCUAGCACACCACGGCAGAUGAAGCGCAUGUCAACAAAGCACCUAAAAAAUAAUGUUGGGAGACCCACUAGCCGUUCCACUUUGAAAGAGAAGAUGACCUCAUCAAACCAGCUGCCUAACAAAGACAACGUCAAAACCACGGAGAACACAGAAGAGCACAGCUAUAAGCAGGGGAAAAAGAUCCGAGCCACCCUUAGGACAACCGAGCGGGAUCACAAGAAAAAUGUACAGUGCUCAUUCAUGUUGGACUCGGUUGGUGGGUCCUUGCCAAAAAAACCGAUUCCAGAUGUUGAUCUCAAUAAGCCUUACCUCAGCCUUGGCUGCAGCAAUGCUAAGCCUCCAGUAUCUGUACCUGUGCCUAUAUCCAAAACCACACGUCAGACUUCUCGUACCGAUUACCCUGCAGACCGUUUAAAGUUCUUUGAAACCCUACGGCUUUUGUUAAAGCUUACCUCAGUUUCCAAGAAAAAGGACAAGGAACAGAAAGGACAGGAAAGUACCUCCUCUGUUGAAUUAAAUCGAUCCAAUGAACUAAUCUGGCUUGAGCUUCAGGCUUGGCAUGCAGGCCGGAGUAUUAAUGACCAAGACUUCUAUUUAUAUACAGCCCGCCAAGCCAUCCCAGAUAUUAUCAAUGAAAUUCUUACUUUCAAGGUGAACUAUGGGAACCUCUCCUGUGUAGGAAAUAGAGCUAGUCUUAAUGGUACAUCAGGAGGACAAUGUAAAGCAGCCCAUGGUGCAAGUGCUGUGGGCUAUGCAAGCUACCAUGAACACCUCCAUCGCCAGCGAGUCUCGUUUGAGCAGGUAAAGCGGAUAAUGGAGCUGCUAGAAUAUGUAGAAGCACUUUAUCCAUCUCUGAAGGCCCUUCAAAGUGAUUAUGAAAAGUAUGCUGCAAAGGAUUUUCAGGACAGGGUGCAGGCACUCUGUCUCUGGUUAAAUAUUACAAAAGACUUAAACCAGAAGUUAAGGAUUAUGGGGACUGUUUUGGGGAUCAAGGAUCUCUCUGACAUUGGCUGGCCAGUGUUUGAAAUCCCUUCUCCACGCUCAUUCAGGGACAAUGAUCCAGAGGAUGAUAGGGAGACCUCGGGGACAUGCACAGAGAAAAGUGAAGAUGAAGAACAAAUCUCUGAAGAGAAUCUGGACUUUCAGGCACAAGACUAUUUGUCAAGGAAACUUGACAGGCUUGAAUCUGAGGAUGACUCAAUCUGCUGGGUUGUUACGGAGUGCAGUGGUGAGGCAGGUUGCAGCAGACACUGUUUGACCUCUAUUUAUAGACCGUUUGUAGAUAAAGCACUGAAACAAAUGGGCUUGCGAAAGCUAAUUUUAAGACUGCACAAGUUAAUGCAUGGUUCCUUGCAAAGGGCUCGAAUGGCAUUGAUAAAGAAUGAUCAGCAAUUGGAGUUUUCAGAAUACCCUGAUCCCAUUUUAUGUUCAGAUUACGUGCAGUUGUCAAAUUCUCCACCUUCAUCAGAUCAAAAAUGCAGUACUGUGUCAUGGGAAGAGCUGAAAUCAAUAGAUUUACCAUCUUUUGAACCUGCAUUUCUGGUUCUUUGCCGCGUCCUUCUCAAUGUCAUCCAUGAGUGUCUCAAAUUAAGAUUGGAACAGCGGCCUGCUGGAGAGCCAUCUCUCUUGAGUAUUAAGCAGCUAGUGAGAGAGUGUAAAGAGGUCCUGAAAGGUGGCCUGCUAAUGAAGCAAUAUUAUCAGUUUAUGUUACGUGAGGUGUUAGAUGAUUUACAGAAGAACAACCUCAACAUUGAUUCUUUCGAGGAGGACCUGCAUAAGAUGUUAAUGGUUUAUUUUGAUUAUAUGCGAAGCUGGAUCCAAAUGCUACAGCAGUUACCUCAAGCAUCUCAUAGUUUAAAAAAUCUCUUGGAAGAAGAAUGGAAUUUCACCAAAGAAAUAACUCCUUACAUAAGAGGAGGUGAAGCUCAAGCUGGAAAAUUAUUCUGUGACAUUGCAGGAGUGCUGCUUAAAUCAACAGGAAUCUUUUUGGACUCUGGCUUACAAUACAGUUGUGAUGAGUUUUGGGCCAGUGCUGAUGAUAGUGCUGCUUCAGAUGAAAUCAGGAGGUCUGUUAUAGAGAUCAGCCGGGCACUGAAAGAGCUGUUUCAUGAAGCUAGAGAAAGAGCCUCCAAGGCUCUUGGUUUUGCCAAGAGGUUAAGGAAGGACCUUGAAAUAGCUGCAGAAUUCACAUUGUCUGCCUCAGUGCGUGAGAUCCUCAGUGCCCUGAAAACACAACAGUACAUGAAGGUGCAGAUCCCUGGACUUGAAAAUGUACAAAUCUUUGUGCAAGAAAGUCUUGCAGGAGAGAAGUCUGUUAUCUUGCAACUGCUUAAUGCUGCUGCAGGAAAGGAUUGUUCAAAAGACUCGGAUGAAGUUGCAGGUGAACCCUUCUUGCUGAUGACUAAGUACAGUGAUAAAGGUCAUGAAGGCAAUGACAGCUGGAGCAAAUGGGAAGGACAGCUUGUCAAACUAAUGCCUCAGGUGGAAACAAUCGAUACACUGAAAAAUAUGCAGAUUGACAACCUCCUCCUUGUAGUCAUGCAGCCCGUUCAUCUUGUGAACCAGAGAAAAACUUUCCAGCAGUCCCUUGAAGGGUUGGUCUCUUUGCAUCAGGAGCAAACAUCCAGCCAACCAGUUGUUGCCAAAGCGUUGCAGCAGUUGAAGAGUGAUGCUUUGCAGCUGUGCAAUAAGAUAAGCAGUGCAAUUGACAGAGUUGAUCGCAUGUUCACAUCUGAAUUUGAUGCUGAAGUGGAUGAGUCAGAAUCUGCCACAUUGCAGCAAUAUUAUCGGGAAGCCAUGAUUCAGUGUUACAAUUUUGGUUUUGAGUACCAUAAAGAAGUCAUUCGUCUAAUGUCAGGAGAAUUCAGACAGAAAAUUGGAGACCGGUAUAUCAGUUUUGCAAGAAAGUGGAUGAAUUAUGUACUUACUAAAUGUGAGAGUGGUCGAGGCACCAGACCAAGGUGGGCAACACAAGGUUUUGAUUUUCUUCAAGCCAUUGAGCCAGCUUUUAUUUCAGCGCUGCCUGAAGAUGACUUCUUGAGUUUACAAGCUUUGAUGAAUGAAUGUAUUGGCCAUGUAAUUGGAAAGCCUCACAGUCCUGUUACAGGUUUGUACCUUGCUAUUCAUCGGAAUAGUCCUCGUCCUGUGAAAGUACCACGAUGCCAUAGUGAUCCCCCAAAUCCUCAUCUCAUCAUCCCAACGCCUGAAGGGUUCAGCACAAGGAGUGUCCCAUGUGAUGUACGGAACCAUUGCAGCGCUGCUCUUAGUCGCCCCGCUCCCAUUGGUGGUGACUCAACUCAGCCCAAACCUGUCAGCAGUGCAAAUGAUAUCAGAGGUUCCAGUGUCCCCGAAAAUGAUCGACUGGCUUCAAUAGCUGCUGAGUUGCAGUUUAGGUCAUUGAGCCGCCACUCCAGUCCCACUGAGGAACGUGAAGAGCCAUCUUAUCCAAAAGGAGAUUCUAGUGGGUCAGCCCGAAGAAGCUGGGAACUUCGAACUCUCAUCAGUCAGACCAAAGACUCUGCCUCCAGGCAGGGCCCCAUGGAAGCAGUUCAGAAAUCAAUUCAGCUGUUUGAAGAAAAAAGGUACCGAGAAAUGAGGCGAAAAAAUAUCAUUGGCCAAGUUUGUGACACCCCCAAAUCUUAUGAUAAUGUCAUGCACGUAGGCUUAAGAAAGGUGACUUUUAAGUGGCAAAGAGGAAACAAAAUUGGAGAAGGUCAGUAUGGGAAAGUGUAUACCUGUAUCAGUGUUGACACUGGUGAAUUGAUGGCUAUGAAAGAAAUAAGGUUUCAACCAAAUGAUCACAAAACGAUAAAAGAAACUGCAGAUGAGCUGAAAAUUUUUGAAGGCAUUAAACACCCUAACUUGGUUCGGUACUUUGGUGUGGAGCUCCACAGGGAAGAAAUGUACAUAUUCAUGGAAUACUGUGAUGAGGGAACUCUGGAAGAGGUGUCAAGGCUGGGUCUCCAGGAACACGUCAUUAGGCUCUAUACAAAGCAGAUCACAACAGCUAUCAAUGUUCUGCAUGAACAUGGUAUAGUUCAUCGAGAUAUCAAAGGAGCAAACAUCUUCCUUACUUCAUCUGGAUUGAUUAAAUUGGGAGACUUUGGCUGCUCAGUAAAGCUAAAGAAUAACACACAGACAAUGCCUGGUGAAGUGAACAGUACUUUGGGGACUGCAGCAUACAUGGCCCCUGAAGUAAUUACUAGAGCUAAAGGAGAGGGCCAUGGACGUGCAGCAGACAUCUGGAGCUUGGGCUGUGUUGUGAUUGAAAUGGUCACUGGUAAGAGGCCUUGGCAUGAGUAUGAACACAACUUCCAGAUCAUGUAUAGGGUAGGAAUGGGUCACAAACCUCCCAUACCAGAAAGGAUAAGCCCUGAAGGAAAAGACUUCCUUUCUCACUGCCUGGAGAGUGAUCCAAAGAUGAGAUGGACAGCUAGCCAGCUCCUCGAUCAUUCAUUUGUCAAGGUGUGCACAGAUGAAGAAUGAAGUUUAUACACUUGUGGCCUCCUGUACUCUGGUGAAGUAUCUUUUAAUCACUACUGUAUGUAAUAUUUACAUAAAGACUGUGCUGAGAAAUGGUAUGAAGCUCCAAACUUACCAUGACUCAAGACUGCACAAGUGACUGGUGUCACUUAUCCUGCUGCUCUCGAACAUUUUCUUGGCACGUGUUGCUCCUGUGACGGCACCUGCAAGUUUAAAGAAGCUGCAUGUUUCAGUGAAAGUGCCAUUACUACUGUAUAAUGGACCAUGACCCUAUUUUUGUUCCUCCUCAGUUUCUCAUAUGAUUGAGAACUGUCAUGUUAAUAUGUAGUAUUUUUGAACUUUCUAGGUUCGAAAAAAACCCAACAAAGGUUAGUGUUAUAUCAGGCAUUCUGGACCUUAUUUUUAAUCUCCUGUUUGUUGAGUGCACUGACUGUGAACUUCUACCUUAUUUUUUGUUCUUUUUUUUAUUGGCCAGCUUCAGAUUUGUUAUGCAAAGGCUGAUUAAUGAAAUUUAAAAGCUUUUUCUCAAUAAAUGGUUUAUUUUA